AUGUUACAAGAGUUUGUGAAGACAGAAGGAAACGAUGCAACAGUACUGCAAGAUCAACACGGCAUCAUUUGUGGGAUAAUAAUGCAGAGCGCUGCUCAAAAGAAGUGUUUUCAAGAGUGGGGCGACUGCCUUCUGAUGGACCGGACUCAUGGCACGAAUAAUCUCGGGUAUCAUCUGGGUAAGUAA